AAGCUUUGCCAGGCCCUAGCACACAGGUCACUGCAGGCAGCAACCACACGGCAGUACUUUUAAUGGAUGGACAGGUCUUCACAUUUGGAAGUUUUUCUAAAGGGCAACUGGGCAGACCGAUUUUGGAUGUGCCAUAUUGGAAUGCAAAGCCAGCUCCUAUGCCUAACAUCGGAUCAAAGUAUGGAAGAAAAGCUACUUGGAUAGGCGCAAGCGGGGACCAAACUUUCUUACGAAUUGAUGAAGCACUUAUUAAUUCUCAUGUACUUGCUACAUCAGAAAUUUUUGCCAGUAAACAUAUAAUAGGCUUGGUACCUGCUUCUAUAUCAGAACCUCCUCCAUUUAAAUGUCUUCUGAUAAAUAAAGUGGAUGGGAGUUGUAAAACUUUUAAUGACUCAGAACAAGAGGAUCUACAAGGAUUUGGUGUGUGUCUUGAUCCUGUGUAUGAUGUAAUUUGGAGGUUUCGACCAAAUACCAGAGAACUCUGGUGUUACAAUGCAGUGGUUGCUGAUGCCAGACUUCCCUCGGGAGCAGACAUGCAGUCCAGAUGCAGUAUUCUAAGUCCUGAGCUUGCCCUGCCAACAGGGUCACCAGCUCUUACCACCCGAUCUCAUGCGGCUUUGCACAUUCUAGGUUGUCUUGAUACCUUGGCAGCUAUGCAGGAUUUAAAAAUGGGUGUUGCAAGUACAGAGGAGGAAACUCAAGCAGUUAUGAAAGUUUAUUCCAAAGAAGAUUACAGUGUAGUAAACAGGUUUGAAAGUCAUGGAGGGGGUUGGGGUUACUCUGCCCAUUCGGUGGAAGCCAUACGUUUUAGCGCCGACACCGAUAUAUUACUUGGUGGUCUUGGUCUUUUUGGAGGUAGAGGAGAAUAUACUGCUAAAAUUAAGCUGUUUGAGUUGGGUCCCGAUGGUGGAGAUCAUGAAACAGAUGGAGACCUUCUUGCAGAGACUGAUGUUCUGGCUUAUGACUGUGCUGCCAGAGAAAAAUAUGCAAUGAUGUUUGAUGAGCCAGUUCUCCUGCAAGCUGGAUGGUGGUAUGUAGCAUGGGCCCGAGUGUCAGGACCUAGUAGUGACUGUGGAUCUCAUGGGCAAGCAUCUAUUACCACGGAUGAUGGGGUUGUUUUCCAGUUUAAGAGUUCAAAGAAAUCAAAUAACGGUACAGAUGUUAAUGCUGGUCAGAUACCUCAGUUAUUAUACAGACUUCCAACCAGUGAUGGCAGUGCUUCCAAAGGCAAACAGCAAACCAGUGAACCUGUGCACAUUUUAAAGAGAUCUUUUGCAAGAACUGUCUCAGUGGAAUGUUUUGAGUCAUUGUUGAGUAUUCUUCACUGGAGCUGGACCACCUUAGUUUUAGGAGUGGAAGAACUUAGAGGAUUAAAAGGAUUCCAGUUCACAGCUACUCUUCUGGAUUUAGAGAGACUGCGCUUUGUGGGAACAUGUUGUCUGAGGUUAUUACGUGUCUAUACCUGUGAAAUUUACCCAGUGUCAGCUACAGGAAAAGCAGUUGUAGAAGAAACUAGCAAGUUAGCAGAGUGUAUUGGAAAAACCAGAACUUUGUUAAGGAAAAUUUUAUCAGAAGGAGUUGAUCACUGCAUGGUGAAGUUGGAUAAUGAUCCUCAAGGAUAUCUUAGUCAACCCUUGAGUCUCCUGGAAGCUGUCCUUCAGGAAUGCCAUAAUACUUUUACUGCCUGUUUUCAUUCUUUCUACCCAACUCCUGCCUUACAGUGGGCUUGCCUUUGUGAUCUACUGAAUUGUUUGGAUCAGGACAUUCAAGAAGCAAACUUCAAAACUUCAAGUAGCCGACUCCUUGCAGCUGUUAUGUCUGCUCUGUGUCACACUUCUGUUAAGCUGACUUCCAUCUUCCCUAUUGCGUAUGAUGGAGAAGUCCUCCUACGAUCCAUUGUUAAACAAGUUAGCACAGAGAAUGACUCAACACUUGUUCAUCGUUUCCCCCUUUUGGUGGCACAUAUGGAAAAACUCAGCCAGAGUGAAGAGAAUAUCUCAGGGAUGACAAGCUUCCGUGAAGUUCUGGAAAAGAUGCUGGUUAUCGUUGUGCUACCUGUCAGGAACAGCCUGAGGAGGGAAAAUGAACUCUUCUCCUCUCACCUUGUCUCUAACACCUGCGGGCUGCUGGCUAGUAUUGUCAGUGAACUCACAGCAUCAGCCUUGGGAUCUGAGGUUGAUGGACUUAAUUCUCUUCACUCUGUGAAAGCUAGUGCUAACCGAUUCACAAAAACAAGCCAAGGAAGAAGUUGGAACACUGGGAAUGGGUCCCCUGAUGCAAUCUGUUUCUCAGUAGACAAACCUGGAAUAGUUGUGGUUGGUUUCUCUGUCUAUGGAGGAGGAGGAAUUCAUGAAUAUGAAUUAGAGGUGUUGGUUGACGAUAGUGAACAUGCAGGAGAUUCAUCUCAUUCCCACAGAUGGACAUCUCUAGAAUUAGUCAAAGGCACAUAUACAACGGAUGAUUCACCCAGUGAUAUAGCUGAAAUCAGACUUGACAAAGUUGUUCCUUUAAAGGAAAAUGUUAAAUAUGCCGUGCGCUUGAGGAACUAUGGAAGCCGUACAGCCAAUGGAGAUGGAGGAAUGACUACAGUUCAGUGUCCUGAUGGCGUCACAUUUACAUUCAGCACCUGUAGCCUGAGUAGUAAUGGCACAAACCAAACCAGAGGACAGAUUCCUCAGAUACUCUACUACAGGAGUGAAUUUGAUGGAGAUUUACAAUCCCAACUUCUGAGUAAAGCCAAUGAAGAAGAUAAAAACUGUAGCAGAGCUCUCUCUGUGGUGAGCACUGUCGUUCGAGCUGCUAAAGACCUCUUGCACAGAGCUCUCGCUGUGGAUGCUGAUGACAUUCCAGAACUGCUCAGUUCUUCCAGUCUGUUUUCCAUGCUGCUUCCCCUUAUUAUAGCCUACAUAGGACCAGUAGCUGCUGCUAUUCCCAAGGUGGCUGUAGAAGUCUUUGGCCUUGUCCAACAAUUGCUUCCAUCAGUAGCCGUUUUGAAUCAAAAGUACGCACCCCCUGCCUUCAACCCUAAUCAGUCAACAGAUAGCACCACAGGAAACCAGCCUGAACAAGGCCUCUCUGCUUGUACAACUUCUAACCACUAUGCUGUCAUAGAGAGUGAGCACCCAUAUAAACCUGCCUGUGUGAUGCACUACAAGGUGACAUUCCCAGAAUGUGUCAGGUGGAUGACAAUCGAAUUUGACCCCCAGUGUGGUACUGCACAGUCAGAGGAUGUCCUCCGUUUGUUGAUUCCUGUCAGAACCAUUCAAAAUUCAGGAUAUGGACCAAAAUUGACAUCUGUUCAUGAAAAUCUUAAUUCAUGGAUAGAAUUAAAGAAGUUUUCGGGAUCCUCUGGGUGGCCGACUAUGGUUUUAGUGUUGCCAGGAAAUGAGGCCCUUUUUUCAUUGGAGACGGCGUCAGAUUAUGUGAAAGAUGAUAAAGCUUCUUUCUAUGGUUUCAAGUGUUUUGCAAUUGGAUAUGAAUUUAGCCCUGGACCUGAUGAGGGAGUCAUUCAGUUGGAAAAAGAAUUAGCCAAUCUUGGUGGGGUUUGUGCUGCAGCUUUGAUGAAAAAGGAUCUAGCCCUUCCUAUUGGUAAUGAAUUAGAGGAAGAUCUUGAAAUUCUUGAAGAGGCUGCAUUGCAGGUGUGCAAAACCCAUUCUGGUAUUCUUGGAAAGGGUUUAGCUCUUUCUCAUUCACCAACUAUAUUAGAGGCACUUGAAGGAAACUUACCACUCCAGAUCCAAAGCAAUGAACAAUCCUUUCUGGAUGAUUUUAUUGCUUGUGUUCCAGGAUCAAGUGGCGGAAGGCUUGCAAGGUGGCUGCAGCCAGAUUCCUAUGCUGAUCCUCAGAAAACAUCUUUGAUCCUGAAUAAGGAUGAUAUUCGUUGUGGUUGGCCUACUACCAUAACGGUCCAAACGAAAGACCAGUAUGGGGAUGUGGUACAUGUUCCCAAUAUGAAGGUGGAAGUGAAAGCUGUCCCUGUUUCUCAGAAAAAAACAUCUUUACAACAAGAUCAAGUAAAGAAAUCUCAAAGGAUUCCUGGCAGUCCUGCAGUAACAGCUACAUCUGCUAAUACUGACAUGACUUUUGGUGGGCUGGCAUCACCAAAGCUGGAUGUUUCAUAUGAACCAAUGAUAGUGAAAGAGGCUCGAUAUAUUGCCAUAACAAUGAUGAAGGUUUAUGAAAAUUAUUCAUUUGAAGAACUGCGUUUUGCAUCACCAACUCCUAAGAGACCCAGUGAGAAUAUGCUGAUUCGUGUCAAUAAUGAUGGAACUUAUUGUGCAAAUUGGACUCCAGGGGCUAUUGGACUUUAUACUAUUCAUGUUACCAUUGAUGGCAUUGAAAUAGAUGCUGGCCUAGAAGUAAAAGUAAAAGACCCACCAAAAGGGAUGAUACCACCAGGAACUCAGCUGGUCAAACCAAAGACAGAACCACAGCCAAAUAAGGUUCGAAAAUUUGUGGCCAAGGACAGUGCAGGGCUCCGCAUCCGAAGCCAUCCUUCCCUCCAGAGUGAGCAGAUAGGCAUAGUAAAAGUUAAUGGAACUAUCACUUUUAUUGAUGAGAUCCACAAUGAUGAUGGUGUGUGGCUGAGACUGAAUGAUGAGACAAUAAAGAAGUAUGUUCCUAACAUGAAUGGUUAUACUGAAGCCUGGUGCCUGUCUUUUAAUCAACAUCUUGGCAAGAGCCUUCUGGUCCCUGUUGACAAUAUCUUUAAUGCUAGCCAAGGAGUCAGGGAUUUGGACGUAUUUUCAUGGACUUCCAAAGCUUUUUUCCCCCAGGAAUCUAAAACUAAUACUGAUGACUUUUUCAAAGACAUAAACUCCUGCUGCUCACAGGAAGCAACAAUGCAAGAGCAAGAUAUGCCAUUCUUGCGAGGAGGGCCAGGCAUGUACAAGGUAGUGAAGACGGGACCUUCAGGUCACAACAUCAGAAGCUGCCCUAACCUUAGAGGUAUCCCAAUUGGAAUGUUAGUUCUGGGAAACAAAGUCAAAGCAGUAGGAGAGGUAACCAAUUCUGAAGGUACAUGGGUGCAGCUGGAUCAGAACAGCAUGGUAGAGUUCUGUGAGAGUGAUGAAGGAGAGGCAUGGUCCUUAGCUAGAGACAGAGGCGGAAACCAGUACCUCCGACAUGAAGAUGAACAAGUUCUUCUGGAUCAAAAUUCUCAAACUCCUCCUCCAAGCCCUUUCUCAGUGCAAGCUUUUAAUAAAGGGGCAAGUUGCAGUGCCCAAGGAUUUGAUUAUGGACUUGGAAAUAAUAAAGGUGACCAACUGAGUGCCAUAUUGAAUUCCAUUCAGUCACGACCCAAUCUCCCAGCUCCUUCCAUCUUUGAUCAAGCUGCAAAACCUCCCUCUUCCCUAGUCCACAGCCCAUUUGUGUUCGGACAGCCCCUUUCCUUCCAGCAGCCUCAGCUUCAGAAAUCUCCAUCUCGCAACCUUGCUUCUCGUGAGCGCAUUUACAAAAAUUAUGGUGUAGCUGGGCCUGCCUCUGCUCUCUCAUCUCUGUCUCACAAACUCAAGGGUGACCGAGGAAAUAUCUCAACAUCUUCUAGACCAGCCUCUACAUCAGGAAAAUCAGAACUGUCCUCUAAACACAGCAGAUCACUUAAACCUGAUGGACGUAUGAGCCGGACUACUGCUGAUCAGAAGAAACCAAGGGGUACAGAAAGUUUAUCUGCUAGUGAAUCCCUCAUGUUAAAAUCUGACGCUGCAAAGUUGAGGUCAGAUUCCCAUAGUAGGUCCUUGUCACCCAACCAUAAUACCUUGCAGACACUGAAAACUGAUGGGAGAAUGUCUUCUAGCUUCAGAGCAGAAUCCCCAGGACCAGGUUCUCGGUCGUCAUCUCCUAAGCCAAAGACUCUCCCAGCCAAUAGGUCUAGCCCAUCAGGUGCUAGUUCUCCACGUUCCUCCUCACCACAUGAUAAAAAUCUACCUCAAAAAAGCACUGCUCCUGUUAAGACAAAACUUGAUCCUCCUCGGGAACGUUCCAAAUCAGACUCUUAUACACUUGAUCCAGACACCCUCCGCAAGAAGAAAAUGCCCCUCACGGAACCGUUAAGGGGACGGUCAACAUCACCAAAACCAAAAUCAGUACCAAAGGAUUCUGCAGAUUCCCCUGGAUCUGAAAACAGAGCUCCCUCUCCCCAUGUGGUACAGGAAAAUCUCCACAGUGAAGUGGUUGAAGUCUGUACCUCAAGUACUUUAAAAACAAAUAGUCUAACAGAUAGCACUUGUGAUGAAAGCAGUGAAUUUAAGAGUGUGGAUGAAGGUUCAAGUAAAGUUCAUUUCAGCAUAGGAAAAGCACCACUGAAAGAUGAACAGGAAAUGAGAGCAUCCCCCAAAAUAAGUCGGAAAUGUGCUAAUAGACACACCAGGCCCAAGAAAGAAAAAUCUAGUUUUCUUUUCAAAGGAGAUGGAUCCAAACCUUUAGAGCCAGCCAAGCAAGCCAUGUCUCCUUCCGUGGCUGAAUGUGCCAGAGCGGUCUUUGCCUCCUUCCUGUGGCAUGAAGGUAUAGUACAUGAUGCAAUGGCUUGUUCUUCUUUCCUAAAGUUUAAUCCUGAACUUUCCAAAGAACAUGCUCCUAUAAGAAGUAGUUUAAAUAGCCAACAGCCUACAGAGGAAAAGGAAACCAAGUUAAAAAACAGACACUCAUUGGAAAUAUCAUCUGCCCUGAAUAUGUUUAAUAUUGCACCUCAUGGACCAGAUAUAUCUAAGAUGGGUAGCAUCAACAAAAAUAAGGUGUUGUCUAUGCUUAAGGAACCACCUCUGCAUGAAAAAUGUGAGGAUGGGAAAACUGAAACCACUUUUGAAAUGUCCAUGCAUCACACAAUGAAAUCUAAAUCUCCUCUUCCUUUAACUUUACAACAUUUGGUGGCUUUUUGGGAAGACAUCUCUUUGGCUACUAUCAAAGCUGCUUCCCAGAAUAUGAUUUUUCCAAGUCCUGGUUCCUGUGCGGUACUUAAAAAGAAAGAGUGUGAGAAAGAGAAUAAGAAGGCCAAAAAGGAAAAAAAGAAAAAAGAAAAGGCGGAAGUUAGGCCCAGGGGUAAUUUGUUUGGAGAAAUGGCCCAGCUGGCAGUAGGCGGACCAGAGAAAGAUACCAUCUGUGAGCUAUGUGGCGAAUCACAUCCGUACCCAGUGACCUAUCACAUGAGACAAGCUCACCCAGGUUGUGGCCGGUAUGCUGGUGGACAAGGUUACAAUAGCAUUGGGCAUUUUUGUGGAGGAUGGGCUGGUAACUGUGGUGAUGGUGGCAUAGGAGGAAGCACUUGGUAUCUCGUGUGUGAUCGCUGUAGAGAAAAAUACCUUCGUGAAAAACAGGCUGCUGCAAGGGAGAAGGUCAAACAGUCUAGGAGAAAGCCAAUGCAAGUCAAGACCCCGCGUGCCUUGCCCACCAUGGAAGCUCACCAGGUGAUAAAAGCCAAUGCACUCUUCCUGCUGUCCCUGAGCAGUGCAGCGGAGCCAAGCAUUCUGUGUUACCAUCCUGCAAAGCCAUUCCAGUCACAGCUGCCCAGUGUGAAAGAGGGUAUUUCUGAGGAUCUUCCUGUGAAAAUGCCUUGUCUCUACCUGCAGACAUUAGCUAGGCAUCAUCAUGAAAAUUUUGUGGGCUAUCAAGAUGACAACCUAUUCCAGGAUGAAAUGAGAUAUCUACGUUCAACAUCUGUACCUGCCCCAUACAUAUCAGUAACUCCUGAUGCAAGUCCUAAUGUAUUUGAAGAGCCAGAAAGCAAUAUGAAGUCUAUGCCACCAAGUUUGGAAACCAGUCCCAUAACUGACACUGACCUUGCAAAGAGAACUGUCUUCCAAAGAUCAUACUCAGUUGUUGCUUCUGAAUAUGAUAAACAACACUCCAUUUUACCCGCAAGAGUUAAAGCCAUUCCUAGAAGAAGAGUUAACAGUGGAGAUACUGAGGUUGGAUCUUCCCUAUUGAGACAUCCAUCUCCUGAACUUUCUCGGCUAAUCUCAGCCCACAGCUCUCUUUCUAAAGGAGAACGAAAUUUCCAGUGGCCGGUUUUAGCUUUUGUUAUACAACAUCAUGAUCUAGAAGGGCUUGAAAUAGCAAUGAAACAAGCCUUAAGAAAAUCUGCUUGUCGAGUUUUUGCUAUGGAGGCUUUCAACUGGCUUCUGUGUAAUGUCAUCCAAACCACUUCUCUCCAUGAUAUUUUGUGGCAUUUUGUGGCAUCACUGACUCCUGCUCCAGUGGAACCAGAGGAAGAAGAUGAUGAAGAAAAUAAAAUAAACAAAGAAAAUGUGGAACAGGAGAAGGAUACAAGAGUAUGUGAACAUCCACUCUCAGACAUCGUCAUUGCAGGGGAAGCCGCUCAUCCUUUACCACACACGUUUCACCGCUUACUUCAGACCAUCUCUGACCUUAUGAUGUCACUCCCCAGUGGCAGUUCAUUACAGCAAAUGGCUCUGAGAUGCUGGAGUCUGAAAUUCAAGCAAUCUGAUCACCAAUUCCUUCAUCAGAGCAACGUCUUUCAUCACAUUAACAAUAUUUUAUCAAAAUCAGACGAUGGUGAUAGUGAAGAGAGUUUUAGCAUCAGUAUUCAGUCUGGCUUUGAAGCAAUGAGUCAGGAAUUAUGCAUAGUAAUGUGUUUAAAGGACUUAACCAGCAUUGUUGACAUAAAAACUUCAAGCCGACCUGCUAUGAUUGGCAGUUUGACAGAUGGCUCCACAGAAACCUUUUGGGAAUCAGGAGAUGAAGAUAAAAACAAAACUAAGAGCAUCACCAUCAACUGUGUGAAAGGAAUCAAUGCCCGCUAUGUAUCUGUUCACGUGGACAAUUCCCGCGAUCUUGGGAAUAAAGUUACCUCAAUGACCUUCUUAACUGGCAAAGCAGUAGAAGAUUUGUGCAGAAUAAAGCAGGUUGAUCUGGAUUCCAGGCACAUUGGUUGGGUAACAAGUGAACUUCCAGGAGGGGAUAACCACAUCAUCAAAAUUGAAUUAAAGGGCCCAGAAAAUACACUAAGAGUUCGACAGGUCAAAGUCCUGGGAUGGAAAGAUGGUGAAAGCACAAAAAUUGCUGGCCAAAUUUCAGCCAGUGUGGCCCAGCAAAGGAACUGUGAAGCUGAGACUCUGCGUGUGUUCAGACUUAUUACAUCUCAAGUCUUCGGAAAACUCAUCUCUGGAGAUGCUGAACCUACACCGGAACAAGAGGAAAAAGCCCUCUUGUCAUCACCUGAAGGAGAGGAAAAAGUAUACAAUGCAACAUCAGAUGCAGACCUGAAAGAACAUAUGGUUGGAAUCAUAUUCAGCAGGAGUAAAUUGACUAACUUACAAAAACAGGUAUGUGCACAUAUUGUCCAAGCUAUUCGCAUGGAAGCUACCAGAGUCCGUGAAGAAUGGGAACAUGCCAUAUCAAGCAAAGAAAAUGCCAAUUCUCAGCCAAAUGAUGAAGAUGCCUCCUCUGAUGCCUACUGCUUCGAGUUGCUGUCCAUGGUGUUAGCCCUGAGCGGCUCCAAUGUCGGCCGGCAGUAUCUGGCUCAGCAGCUAACUUUGCUUCAGGAUCUCUUUUCCCUGCUUCACACAGCCUCUCCCAGAGUCCAGAGACAGGUGACCUCUUUACUAAGACGAGUGUUACCUGAAGUGACCCCUAGUCGUCUAGCCAGCAUCAUAGGAGUGAAAUCCCUCCCCCCAGCUGAUAUCAGUGAUAUCAUUCACUCAACAGAGAAGGGAGAUUGGAAUAAGCUGGGUAUCUUGGACAUGUUUCUAGGAUGCAUUGCCAAAGCACUCACUGUACAGCUAAAAGCCAAAGGAACCACCAUCACAGGAACAGCUGGUACCACUGUGGGCAAAGGAGUUACAACAGUUACUCUUCCGAUGAUUUUCAAUUCCAGUUAUCUCCGACGAGGCGAGAGUCAUUGGUGGAUGAAGGGUUCAACUCCUACCCAGAUCUCAGAGAUCAUCAUUAAACUUAUCAAGGAUAUGGCAGCAGGUCAUCUGUCAGAAGCUUGGUCCCGAGUGACAAAAAAUGCUAUUGCAGAAACCAUCAUUGCCUUGACCAAGAUGGAAGAAGAAUUUAGGUCUCCAGUGAGAUGUAUUGCAACAACUAGACUCUGGCUUGCUCUAGCAUCACUCUGUGUUCUUGAUCAGGACCAUGUAGAUCGUCUCUCCUCAGGCAGAUGGAUGGGAAAGGAUGGACAACAAAAACAAAUGCCUAUGUGUGAUAACCAUGAUGAUGGUGAAACUGCAGCAAUCAUUUUAUGCAACGUCUGUGGAAAUUUAUGUACUGACUGUGACAGAUUCCUUCAUCUUCAUCGACGAACCAAAACUCAUCAAAGACAGGUCUUCAAAGAAGAAGAGGAAGCUAUAAAGGUGGACCUUCAUGAAGGUUGUGGUAGAACCAAAUUGUUCUGGUUGAUGGCAUUAGCAGAUUCUAAAACAAUGAAGGCAAUGGUGGAAUUCCGAGAACACACGGGCAAGCCCACCACAAGUAGCUCAGAAGCAUGUCGUUUCUGUGGCUCCAGGAGUGGAACAGAGUUGUCUGCUGUUGGCAGUGUUUGCUCUGAUGCAGAUUGCCAGGAAUAUGCUAAGAUAGCUUGUAGUAAGACGCAUCCUUGUGGCCAUCCAUGUGGAGGUGUUAAAAAUGAAGAGCAUUGUUUGCCCUGUCUACACGGCUGUGACAAGAGUGCCACAACACUGAAGCAAGAUGCUGAUGACAUGUGCAUGAUAUGUUUCACUGAAGCACUUUCGGCAGCACCAGCCAUUCAGCUGGACUGCAGUCACGUAUUCCAUUUACAGUGCUGUCGGCGAGUUUUAGAAAACAGAUGGCUUGGCCCAAGGAUAACAUUUGGAUUUAUAUCUUGUCCUAUUUGCAAGAACAAAAUAAAUCACAUCGUAUUAAAAGACCUGCUUGAUCCAAUAAAAGAACUCUAUGAGGAUGUCAGAAGAAAAGCCUUAAUGAGAUUGGAAUAUGAAGGUCUGCAUAAGAGUGAAGCGAUCACUACUCCUGGUGUGAGGUUUUACAAUGACCCUGCUGGCUAUGCAAUGAAUAGAUACGCAUAUUAUGUCUGUUACAAAUGCAGAAAGGCAUAUUUUGGUGGUGAAGCUCGCUGUGAUGCUGAGGCUGGACAAGGGGAUGAUUAUGAUCCAAGAGAGCUCAUUUGUGGUGCCUGUUCUGAUGUGUCCAGGGCUCAGAUGUGUCCCAAACAUGGCACAGACUUUUUGGAAUAUAAAUGUCGCUACUGCUGUUCAGUGGCUGUCUUUUUCUGUUUUGGAACAACCCAUUUUUGUAAUGCUUGUCAUGAUGACUUUCAAAGAAUGACUAGCAUUCCCAAGGAAGAGCUACCACACUGUCCUGCAGGUCCCAAAGGCAAACAGUUAGAAGGAACUGAAUGUCCACUCCAUGUUGUUCAUCCACCCACUGGGGAAGAGUUUGCUCUGGGGUGUGGAGUGUGCAGAAAUGCUCACACUUUUUAGAACACUCAGAUCCUGUGUCUACAGAGAGAAAUGUUGCCCUCAUCCCCCAAGAGGAUGUGGUGAAGUUUAAACUCUGCUCAGGAUAAGGACAGGGCCAUUUUUACAUCCAUGAAAAUGAACCAUUCACAGUGCAAGAAGGAUGCCAAAUACCAUGUACAUAAUUCUUGCUAUGGAAAGUUUCUCCAUUAUUUUGGUUUAUCUUCUUUUGAACCAAGACAUCAAACUUGUGAGGUGUUUGCAUGUGGCCAUUACCGUCACUGGCCUGUGAAGCAUUGGACAUUUAUGGAUAAUUGAUAUAAAAGAAUCGCCAUGCCCAUGGACUAAGAAUGAUGCUGGCUUUCAAGCAAAAAAGAAAAAUAAUCAUUGUUUAUUGUAUACUGCCUUUUUGUAAUCCUGUACAAUUGCAUCAUGGGUGGGUAUAAAAAGAGGAAUAUUCUGGUUUA